AGCAAGAUUAAAAUGUUGCUGGAUCUGAUCCAGUAUGAAGGCUUUGAAGCCAGGGUCUGGGUCAGGUUUGGCUUGGGUCAUGCGGUAUGCUGGUGGUGUAUUAGGGAUAGGACUGGCACCCCAGGAAUUUGACAUACACUGCCAGAACUGACAAGUCCUUUUCUCCUUCAUAGUGUCUGGAUGUCACACGCCUGUGAUAACAGUGAUGCAUUUUAAACUGCUUGAAUUGAAGCUGUAUGGUGUCAGUCAGCACCAACUGCUUGCUGCCCUGCUUAAAUUUGAUGUAAAUCAGUCAGGGAAGUCAACAGGAUGAAAGCUUAUGAUCAGUUGCAGGCAUCAGUGGUUUGUCAUGAAUGUUGGGUCUCAGGGGGUGAUCUGCUUCCUGGUGCCUCUGCACCCUCCUCAAGGUGCUCGUGCAGUUCUAGCAACUCCUGUCCUAGUAAUUCCAGGGUGCCAACCAUCUGUUCCUAUAGAAGAUUAAUAUUGCACAUUAGCUCUUGAUCCAUUCAGUUAAUGGUCGAAGUUUACUUCUGUCACCACUGUAAUAGACACCACACCUUAACUUCGCUGUCAGCAGUAGUGUUCCAGAGGAAGGGCCACUGACUACUCUGGAAACACUUAUUUCAUUGUACCAUGACGCAUCUCAACAACAAACUUGACUUGAUGUGGACACGCACUGCACACAGUGAUUGGAUGACAGCAUUCCAAGAAGGACUGAAGCUGUUCUGAAGGCAAAGGAUGGCCCUGCUGCUUCUUAGGGUGCAUGAAAGCUUCUACCACUAAAUAACACUGUUCUCCGUUGUGGACUAGGACUCUGCUGUGUACUUUGUGAUGUUCCCCUGGCAGACACAGCAUGUCCUUCCAGACCCAAAGAAUGUUGAUUCAACUUCAAUGGCACAGUAGCUGUUUUUUUCCAUUCCACCCACCAGAACUCUUCGAUCUCCUAUUAAGCCACUCCUGAGAUGAUGUUGGAAGAUGAAGCUAAUGAACUCUCCUUGGAGGCACUGGAGUGCAAAAUCUGUUUUUGCCUUUAUACUCUAGGAGGCCGACGGCCCAAGGUGCUGGACUGCUGUCACAGGCUUUGUGCCAAGUGCCUGACUAAAAUUAUGGAUUUGACUGACAUUCAGACAGAAGUUGUUAUUUGCCCCUUUUGUCGCUACCCUACCACCUUACCCCAGUCUGUGGGGAGCAUCCCAGAUGACUGCAACAUCAUGACAGCCCUGAGGUACAAUAGGAGGAAUCAUGGUGAGAGCACUGUUGCUGAUGAACUUCUCCUAAGUCCCAAGCACCUCAGCUCCUUUGUUAACUCCUCCUCAUCUUCUUGUCGUGAUUCCAGAUACGUGGUCAUGACCAUGACAGAAACAGCCCAAGAGCUAAGCAAUCUAUAUGACACAACCCCUAUUCCUUCCUCCUCUAGUCAUGACUAUUUAACCUCUAUCUGCUGGUUCUGGCCAACGUUGAACUGUGCUACAGUAAUCUGCCAGACCUCAGCCAGAGUACUGGUGUGGCUGUUUGGGCUUCUGUAUAUUAGUUCAUUGCCCUUGGGGGUCUACUUGCUCAUUGUGCAAAGAAAAAUGUUGGGAGUACUUUUGAUCAGCUUGGUGCCUUCCAGUAUGAUGAUGUUUAUGAUUUAUAGUCUGUGUCAGUGUCUUUGUCAGAAGUUCUGGGACUGCAUAUCAAUGUAGCAUCAUUGUUAGGCCUCAUUUGUUGGGUGUGUUUCAUGUAUUAUUAAAAGGUCAGAAUAACUGAAAACUUGACAAUUAUGGAACAGUGAAAAU